GCUGCUAUGGCGAAAUUCGUAUCGAAUGCGCUUCUGAAGGCUGGGAAGAAGGUGGUGGCUAUUGGCAAGAACUACGAGGCUCAUGCGCGGGAAAUGGGAGCAUUGCACGCACCCAAGGAGCCGGUGCUCUUCCUCAAGCCCACGUCGAGCUAUGUUGGCCAAGGCGGGUCCAUCCUCUUGCCUCCUGGAAUCGGAUCGGUGCACCACGAAGUCGAGCUUGGAAUUGUCAUUGGCAAGCCGGGUUAUGACAUCGAUGAAAGUCGGUGGCGAGAGCAUGUCGCGGGGUAUGUCCUCACGAUCGACAUGACGGCGCGCGAGCUGCAAGCAACGGCCAAGAAAGGCGGCCUUCCGUGGACCCGCGCCAAGUGCUACGACACGUUUCUGCCCAUCAGUGAUGUGAUUCCUGCGGCCCAAGUCGCCGACCCCCAGGAUUUGAACCUGUGGCUCAAUGUUGACGGAGUGCCGCGCCAACGCUGCAACACGCGCGACAUGGUGCACAAGAUCCCUUUCUUGAUCGCCCACAUCAGCCGCAUCAUGACGUUGGAGGAAGGCGACGUGAUCAUCACUGGCACCCCCGAAGGCGUGGGACCUGUUGAACCUGGCAAUAUCGUCACGGCUGGCAUCGAUGGUCUCGUGGAAGUCACGUUUCCAGUGGUCGCUCGCGUAUAUAGCAAUCUCUAGCUCCCCACCGUCGGCUAGCUAGCUAUACAGGACGCUUUUGUCUGUUAAGAAGUUCAAAGCAUGGGUUGUGCAAGCAAUACUUCAGAAACUGGCCUUGUGUGAAU